CAAGCACUUAACCUCUCUGUUCUUCUGUGGCCCUUAUGUUUCUAAGGAAGGCAGCAGUGCCUGCCUCAUGUAUUUAAUGAGAAAUAAGUUAUUUCAUGGGUGGUAGUUAUACUAUUGUUUCACACAUAGCAAGUGUUGUGUAAUGGUUGUUCAUGCAACUCUUGGAAGGCCUCAAAUGACUGAAGAACUUUAAUUAUUUGAGAGUAAGAAGUGUUGGUGAGUGGAGAAUAUCAGAUUUCAGUUGACAUGAUUUGUCUGGCCUCUGCCUCCUAUUCCCACGCAGGAUCCUCUAGCCCAGAAGACAAGUAUCAGUCACUGAGGACAGACAGGAUGGCCACCAGGGAUCUGGCAAUAAGAGUGAUCUUCUUAAUCCAGACUGUGGUUGGAAUCCUGGGGAACUUGUCUCUUCUUUACCAUUAUGUCCUUUUUUCUUUCACUGGGUGUAGGCCAAGGCCCACAGAUUUGAUUGUCAAGAACCUGAUUGUAGCCAACAUUUUGGUCCUGGUCUCUUUUGGAAUACACCAUACCCUGUCAACUUUUGGGUGGUAUAACAUGUUCAGUGAUUUUGGAUGUAAAUUCUUCCCCUAUGUUCGCGGCGUGAGCAGGGGCGUGUCCAUUGGCAUGACCUGCCUCUUGAGUGUCUUCCAGGCCAUCACGAUCAGCCCCCAGAACUCCAGAUGGACAGCGCUUAAAGAGAAAGCUCUCAAGUGCCUUGUCCCUUCACUUGUCCUAUGCUGGGUCUUGCAGAUAUUGAUAAAUAUCAUGUAUCCUGUGGUUAUGGGUAGCACUUUGAACAAGAAUAACCUCACAAACAGAAAAAGUUUCGGGUACUGUUCAGCUGUUCGUUAUGAGAAAACCAGAAAUUCAUUGAAUACAAUGUUGUUAACAUUACCUGAUGUGUUGUAUGUGGGGCUCAUGCUCUGGGCCAGCAUUUCUAUGGUUUUCCUUCUGUACCAGCACAAGCAGAGGGUCCAACACAUUCAUCGGACCAGCGUCUCCUCCACAUCAUCCCCUGAGUCCACAGCCACCAAAACCAUUUUCCUCCUGGUGUGUACCUUUGUCUACUUUAAUACCCUUUCGUCGGUCUUUCAAAUUGUUUUGUCUGUUUUUGACUGUCCCACCUGGUACCUCGUGAACACCAGUUCAGUGAUCAGUCUGUGUUUCCCAGCUGUCAGUCCCUUUCUGCUCAUGAGCCGAGACCCCAGGGUAUCCAUGGUCUGCUUUCCCUGUAUAAGGAAUAUAAAAUGCCCUCAUUUUAUGAGAAUUGUGUAA